AUGAAGAACAAGACGGACAUUUUCUUAAUUCAAGAAACCAAGAUCUCAAAUUUACAAGAGUUUGUAGCUUUGAGUUUUUGGUGUAACAAAGGCAUCGGAUUUUCAUUCUCUAAUUCAGUAAGAAGAUCGGGGGGCUUAUUAAUUCUUUGGAAGGAGGAGAGUUUGGAGGUUAUAUCUAGCUUUAGAGGGGAAGGAUUCCUAGGAGUUAAAUUCAUGAAGAACAACAAUCUUUAUUAUCUUGUUAACAUUUAUUCAUCUUGUGAUUUGGUGAAGAAAAGAUUGUUAUGGAGCUCUUUGUUGGAGUUGAAAGAGAAGUUCAAUGAUGGAGAUUGGAUCAUGGGCGGUGAUUUCAAUGCGGUAAAGGAAAGAGGAGAGAGGAAAGGUAGAAGUAUGGCGAGUAAUUAUAACAAUUCUCUUGAAUUCUCGGCUUUCAUUGAAGAUAGUAGAUUGGUUGACAUUCCUUGCAAAGGAAAGAAAUUCACUUGGUAUAGCGGAGAUGGGAAAUCGAUGAGUCGGAUUGAUAGGUUUCUUGUGGUGGACAAGGUUGUGAGAGAUUGGGGCGUGGUGGGUCAAUUUGUUGGCAAUAGAGAUGUAUCCGACCAUUGUCCUAUAUGGUUAGAAAUUGAUAAUAACAAUUGGGGUCCAAAACCAUUCUUUUUCAACAAUGAUUGGUUUUCUUUUGAUACUUUCUUUCCUUUUGUGGAGAGGGAAUCGAAAGGGUUUAGGGUGGAAGAUAGAGGGGACUUUGUUUUGAAAGAAAAGCUUCGCCUUCUUAAAGAUAGACUAAGAUGGUGGAACAAAGAGGUUUUUGGUAGAAUGGACUUGGAUGUGGAGGAAGGUGUCAGGGAUAUUAACAUAGGCGAUGAUAGAUUAGAGUUGGAAGCGGAGGAUCUUAAUAUUGAUAUAUUAAAGGAAAGGAAGGAAGCUACUAGUCGGUUUUGGACUAAUUUGAGAAUUAAAGAGAAUAUGUUAGCUCAAAAAUCGAGAAUUAAAUGGCUUAAAGAAGGCGACUCCAAUAGUGGUUUUUUUCAUAAAGUUGUGAGAGAGAAGAGAAGACGCAACCACAUUGGGCCGAUCAAUUCUCCUACGGGAUAUUUAUCUUCGGUUAUGGACAUUAAAGAGGAAGUGGUUCAUCAUUUUUCUAGCAAAUUCAAAGUUGUGGACGGUGUUUCUCCUAGUCUUGAUGGGAUCUUGUUUGAUAAGAUUAGCGUAGAUGAAAAAGGGUGGUUAGAGAGAUCUUUUCAAGAGGAUGAGGUAAAGGAGGCUAUAGAUGGUUGCGGCGUUUCCAAAAGCCCGGGACCAGAUGGUUUUUCAUUUCUUUUUAUAAAGAGAUGUUGGUCUUUUUUGAAGGAAGAUUUUAUGAGAUUCUAG